GUACUUAGACGCCGAUAGUGGGUGACGAGAGGCUGGUUUAUUAUAGGACAGGGCUAGAACACAGUGCUUCAUUCCUGUCUUUGGUUAGAAUAUCACCUAAGGAGUUCGAACUUGUUUCAUCAUCCUUUGGCCAAAAGUAUUGUCUAUCCGUAGGACGUGGAACGUAACGCAACGAAGUUCCGUGCCUCAAUAAAGGAGCCCUGGUGCAAAUGUUUAACCGCAAGUUUUUUCAAGACUGUUUAUGAUCUGUGACCGUGAUGUUUUGUUGUUCCGCGAACCAACGUAUACGUCUCGGYCUUUUACGUUGGUGGUCUCUGGCAGCGUGUCCAAAUAACCUCCAAGACUCUUCCUUGUUGAUUCUGAAGGCGUUCUCGACCUCUCCCUGCUCUUCAACCAAGAAAGAGGCGAGCAAACCCUUGAAGCAGUGGACUCUUGUUGUUAACCCCUUCAGCAAAGUACGGGUUCAGCUCCAAUGUCACAUCUCCGUACGACCUCUGGACCCGCACGCUUUCCCCGAGGCGAACCGGGCCUUCAUCACCAUUCAUGGCACCAYCGCAGAUCAAGCCGUCCAACUAGACAACUUCCAGGUACACUAUGAUGACCAAAACAAGGAACUGUACAUCUUGUCCGAGGUCAAAAACAGCAACGUGUCAGUGGAGCUGACCGCUCCCAUCAAAAGUGACCUUUACAUCACCACUCAAGGAGAGGGCGACGUGCAUGUCCAGAAGAUGGAGUGUGAUACCUGCAGGGUGCAGACAGAGAGGGGGAAUUGUGUGCUGCACUCAGUCAAGGGUCACCAGGUGCAGGUCCACUCCCAGGGGGGCAACGUCACUGGGGUGGGAACCAUCCAUGGCAAUGUGGACAUCAGCACCUCUGGACACAGUGCGGUGAAUGUGAAGAAGAUCCAGGGUACUACUAUGAACGUGUCGACAGAACAUGGCCCUCUGAAGGUGAAAGCCAUCUACGCUGAGUCCACCACCAUAUCUUCCUCUUCAGGGAGGAUACAGCUGGGACACAUACAUGGUGAUGCCACAGUGCGGAAUGAGACUGGAGAUAUAAUUGUAGAUGGUUCUAAUAAUGGCUACCUGAAGGUGUUGUCAAACAGUGGAAACAUUGAUGCAUAUGUAGGAGACAGUGGCAGUGCAGAAUUCCACUCUCAGCAAGGUGCAGUGUCUGUGCGUGUCCACCCCUCUAUAAGAGCAGGAGUGCAGCUGUGUGGAAUGUCAGUAGAGAUCAGCCCAGAGAUAGUCCUUCAGCAAGCAGAGAGAGAUUCUAAAGAUAGCAUGACUACUGUCACUGGCCAUAUGAAUGGGCAACCCCAGGGUGACCAGUGGAUCAGGGCCCAGGCAGACAGAGGCUCCAUCACCCUGAAGGCACAGAGCUGGUUUGAGUCUCUGAAGCUGGGCAGCUGAGGCUUCACUCCUACGCUCCAUUCCAACACUUCCAAAAAUGUCCUACCUCCUUCCUGUCUACCUACUGAACUAAGUCCUCAGGGACAAGAAGUGUAGACAUAACUAUCUCACUGACUGUGACUGUUGGGCAGAGUCCAACCACAGUUGUCUUUCUCAACCACAGUUGUCUUCCUCUGUUGUCUCAGUUGUCUUCCUCUGUUGUCUCAGUUGUCUUUCUCUGUUGUCUUUCUACUGCUAAGCUGACAUAGGAGAGAAAAAAGAAGAGAAAGUUGCCAAUGUGGAACUGGGAGACAGAUCAGUGAUAGGAUGAAAGGAAUCGCCCUCUGGGAGUCUUGACACAUGCAGACGGAGAACCCCAUGAGAGCAGAUUUAAACAAAAUAAAAUCUAAUUGAUUUCUGUUCUCAAUCAAUAGUUUUUGGUGAAUAUCAUGAAGUUAAAAUCACAUCUGUAGCAUUGACAACGCCUACUAGGCUUUAUUACGUGUCUAAAUGCAGUUGCAAAACAUGAUCACGGUUAGUAGAGGCACCUCAGUCAUAAUGUUUCUGCUUUAGCCAACUGUUGUCAUGAAAUGGCUCAAGCAUAAAUCUAGUGGCAGCCAGGCUAGUUCAGUCAUUGGCUGUUUCUGAAUACCCGCGCUUGCGUUUUAAAUACUAUGUGAAAAUAGAAAGUUUGAUAGUAUGUGAAAUGUAAAUGUUUUAMCUUUCUUUUAAUGGCAGGAUGUAUAUUCGCUUUGACUUUUCAUCUAGUAGAAUUCAUUGCACACUAUUGAGGAAGAUAAUUGCCUUGUUUGUUAUGACAAACCAGGAGAACCUCACUCUUAAGACUUUCUGAUCGUAGGGUUGAAACUGCAAAAUGUACUAAAUGUUUUUGGAUGCUUCGUAAAGGAUGUGACCACUGUUUGUUGUUGUUGCCUUUAUUUUAAACUAUUCAUGGGGGGUUCAAUUUACUGGGAAUAAAAAAUACUGGGAAAAGUGUUGACACCAACACUGACAAUGAAAUCAUUGAGGCAAUUUAGUUUUUUUAUAUMAUUUAAAUGCAAAAAUAAUUUGCUGUAUGAUGUAAAUGAAAUUCAAUCUGUGUUGUAAUGCAUAUAAAAAUCUAGAUCCUUUCUCCCACUCAGUUGAAAUGUUUUGAUGUAAAAGCUUUACAUAAAUGUAUAUACUGCAUUGAUGUUCUGAUAUAAAUUCAACAAUAUUUCCUAGCCUAA